AUGCCUAAUCCUCCCUCCCCACUAUCACCAGUCUCUUCAGGCAAGAAGAGACCACAUCCUUCCGACACUCCCCCAACGCAAACCGACCCCGCGACCAAUUCCUCCGCCCCGGCGGCUGUGCCUUCCACCUCACCCGCCCAUUCCACCGUCACCCCUUCCGCUUCCUCAUUCCGCAAUGUCUCCGCCUGUAAUCGAUGUCGACUGCGCAAAAACCGCUGUGACCAACGCCUCCCGCGCUGUCAAUCCUGCGAGAAGGCCGGCGUGCGCUGCGUCGGAUACGACCCAAUAACAAAGCGGGAGAUUCCCCGCAGCUACGUCUAUUUCCUGGAAUCGCGCGUGGCGCAUCUCGAAAAACAAUUAGCGGACAACAACAUUGAAUUUAAAAAGGCCGUCGCUUUCGACGAGGAGGAGGCUAUCAAGGUCGAGGCUGAUGACAUCGUGCAAACUCGUUCCGGUUCCGACAAUCAGACCGGGGAGGGGUCUGCGGCAGAAAAAAGGCAGUGGAAGAACACAUCGAAAGAAGAUGCCGGUCGAAUGGUACGAAAAGGAGAGGGGAAUAAUCGCGAUGCGGAUGACGACCCCGCUAACGAGGAAAAUUGGCGCCUGCAUAAUUUGGUUUCGAAUAUCGGCAUGGUCUCUGUACAGGGCACUUCUGAUCCGCGAUAUCUUGGGUCGACAUCAGGCAUUUCGUUCGCCCGUGUAGUCUUCGCUGCGGUAAGGAGCUCACUCCCCGGUAAUAUGCCAGAGCGUGCACAGGCUCGAACGAGCGAUCGAUUGCCCCAGAGUGCUGCUGGCACUGCUGGGGAGGGGGGUAGUAUGCGCGAUUCCUUCUUUGGACUGCAGACAAGGCCGAUGAUGAAAUGCGCAACUUUCCCUGACCGGGAGCUGGCUGAACGGCUGGUCGAUCUCUACUUUGAACACGCGAAUCCUCAGAUGCCGAUUCUCCACCGGGAAGAUUUCAUGGAGCUAUUGCAUAAGACCUAUUUGUUAGAAGAGAAGAAGCGCUCUGCGCGCGCGCUUUAUGUGCUUAAUAUCGUGUUUGCUAUUGGUGCCGGAAUCAUCUUUGAGGAUAAACCUCAGAGCUCCGAUGAUGAGAAUCGCAGUAGUCGUGACCAGGCUUCGUCGGGUCCAAAAAGACCGAGACUAUCGAGCCAUCAGUACCAGCCAGAGGAAUAUCAUGCCUCGGCAAUCGUUCAUUUGGAAUCGUUCCUUGGCUCGUCCUCCAGCGAGGGCUUUGGUGGAUUGGAAGAGCUGCAGGCAGUGCUCCUUCUAGCCAGCUUCGCCCUAUUACGACCCGUUGCACCGGGUCUCUGGUAUAUCGUCGGCGUAGCCACACGCUUAGCCGUCGACCUCGGGCUUCAUUACGAGGAUGGAGCUGGCAUUGACUCCGCAACGAAAGAUGGCAACCAAGCGCAGUCACGAAUCGAUGCUCGUGAACGCGGACGACGCGAAUGGGUACGUGAUAUCCGCCGGCGGCUGUGGUGGUGCGUCUACAGUUUUGAUCGUCUGGUAGCCACGUGUGUUGGACGACCAUUCGGCAUCAGUGACCAGGCCAUCAGCACAGAGUUUCCGUCUAUGAUGGACGACAAAUACAUCACUAAGUCCGGUCUUUUGACACCGCUGGACGGGGCCCCAACGUAUAAGCAUGUCGCAUUCCACUAUUUCAAACUGCGUCUUCUUCAAUCCGAGAUUCACGAUGUCCUCCAAUACCAACAGACGCGCGCUGUGCGAAGGAGAGGCCCUGGUGCAGUUCUCCCUCACGCCGAGCUUUCCUCCCCUUUCCUUCAAGGCUUUGACUCCUUUCGCUCGUGGCGCCAUGAUGUGCAUCGUCGAUUGGUUGAGUGGCAAGAAACUGCCCCGACACGACCGGAAACAGGCGUGAGAUUUUCCAUUGAGCUGCUUGAGUUGAAUUACUGGCAAGCUAUCAUUUUGCUGUACCAACAGAGCUUGACUGUUCCUGCUGAGUUGGCGGGAGAGCUUACUCCUGCGGAUGAUGUUUCCAGCCCAACCUUUUCUAAUCCCGAUGAAGGUGACGAGGAGGAUCAUGUCUAUCUUAAUGUUGCUGAGGCUGGUCAAAAGGUCAUUCGUAUCUAUCGCCAAUUGCAUAGAGUGCGCUUGGUGAAUUAUACCUAUCUUGCUACGCAUCACAUUUUUAUGGCUGGAAUCUCCUUCUUAUAUGCCAUCUGGCAUUCACCUUUGGUUCGAAGCCGCCUAACCCUCGACGAAGUCGACUUCACUGUUCUCGCCGCAACUUCUGUGCUAGGCGACUUGAUGCACAAAUGUCCGCCGGCUGAAGCAUGCCGGGACGCGUUCGAGCGCAUGAGCAAAGCAACCGUCCAAAUGUGUCUAUCGACAACUGGAUUUGGAUCACAGGUAGAUAUGAGCCGUGUCCAUGCCGCCUCAAACGCGGGCAAUCCACUCUACCCCGGCCGACCGCGGCAGCCCAUGGACCAACGACCCCGUGCAGGCCAAGGGCAAGUACGGCGAGUGAUGCCGGCACGCCCGUCCCGUCCUGUCCCCAAGUUCGACAUGAACUUGGCUGACCUCUUCACCGAUAAUACUCCCUUAGCCGACCACCCUCGACCCGAGAACAGAACCGGAGGACCAUCGUACCCUCAACCAGACUCGGUGGGUCCAAACUUCUCAACAGACCAGUCUUCACGGUCUUAUGGACAGCCCAAUCCAUCGAUGGAUUACUAUCUCAAGUACGAGAACCCAAACUCCCCGCAACCGCACCCUCAGUUCUACUACGCGAACUCGCCGCAACACAGUGGAUCUCCCGGUAGCAACACGCACACUCAUGGUUUACCGCCUACCGACUCCGAGGCUUCUCAGGGGAUGAGUCUUGAUUUCUUGGAGUUUGGAUCGGGCGAUGCCGAAGGCCAGGGUAACAUGGAAGGCGAAGCCAAUCCUGACUACAAUAUGUCGGCUUUGCCAUCUUUGGGUCACAACCUGGGCCAGAAUGUUGGAAUCGAUCUUGGCUUUGGUAUGGCGAUGGACUUUCAGCAUGAUUGGAGUGAGAAUCCUAGUUAUGAUCUUUUGGAAGGCUAUUUCUUUGGUGGUUCUGGGGCUGGCGCACCUGGAGGGGAUGUCUAG